CGUUUUCAAUGUAUGCAAUAUAUGUGUUCAACCCUUUGGCUUUACUUUCAUGUGCUAGUCUAUAAAUGCACAGUUGGUUAAAGAUAAGCUUUCAUAUCAUAGGCCUUAGCAGUGUACAGGCAUCCUUUUCCAUUUUGGUAGGUGUUCCUAAAAAAUAGUUAAAUCUGAAAAAGAAAGCAUGAAAUAAAAGGUGAUGAUUGUAAUCCCUUUUUAACAAGCCAGGUGGGAACAUUGAUUAUUCAUCUUAUUUGUGAGGCCAGGAAGGUAGAAACUCAGCAAGCAAAGCCAGUUUCAGCUGGAAAAAGAGAGAUCUUGUAGGAACAAAAACAGGAAUACGUACCCAACCGAAGCCUCAGAGCUGAGGGGUGUGUGUGUCUGUCUGCGUUGAAUCUGGGACCCUGCUCUCUACAAGCUUGCUGAUUCUGGAUAACUGAAGCUAACUGUGCCUGUGAUUCUGUGUCAAUACCUCCAGCACAAUGAGUGUGGAUGAAGAUGCCAGGUGGCUGGAGUGGGUCACUAAGCAGUUUGAAAGCAUUGCUGGAGAGGAUAAAGAAAUCGACCUGGAAGAAUUCAAAACAGCACUUAAAGUGAAAGAGUCCUUCUUUGCAGAGAGGUUUUUUGCAUUGUUCGAUUCAGAUGGGAGUGGGUCGAUCAGUCUGGACGAGUUACUAAAGGCCCUGAACCUUCUUAUCCACGGAAAUGAAACAGACAAACUGAGAUUCCUCUUCCAGGUCUACGAUGUAGAUGGCAGUGGCUCGAUCGACCCGGAUGAGCUGCGCACUGUUCUGAAGUCAUGCCUGAGGGAGAGUGCGAUCUCUCUACCUGAGGAGAAACUUGACGAUCUGACGCUCGCACUCUUUGAGUCUGCUGACAAAGAUAACAGUGGCUCCAUUACUUUUGAAGAGCUAAAAGAAGAACUAGAGAACUUUCCUGAGGUCAUGGAAAACCUGACAAUAAGUGCUGCUAACUGGUUGAAGCCCCCUGACAGCCAGAAGAAGAGAAGACACACGCCCCGAUACCUGACCCGGGCGUACUGGCACAACAACUGCCGCAAGCUGCUCUUCAUGGGCUGCUACGUCUGCUUGAACAUCUUGCUGUUCACCUUCGCAGCACUCAAACACACCACCGCCGGGUUCUGGGUCAUGGUGGCAAAGGGCUGCGGACAGUGCCUCAACUUCAACUGCACUUUUAUCGUCAUCCUCAUGUUGCGGAGAUGCCUGACUUGGUUGAGAGCUACGUGGGUUGUGAGAGUUUUCCCCUUGGACCAGUAUGUGAUUCUGCACCAGCUGGUGGGCUAUGCUAUGUUUGGGCUGACAGUUGUGCACACAGGAGCUCAUAUCAUUAAUUUUGUGCUCUUGACUCAGACUGCGAACAGCUACCAUCUGUGGGAGUACCUGUUUACAACAAGGCCUGGGAUAGGCUGGGUUUAUGGCACUGCCUCCAUCACUGGAUUCAUCCUGCAGUUUCUCAUCUGUAUGAUGCUAAUCUGUUCCAGCACGUUUGUCCGCAGGAGUGGACACUUUGAGAUUUUCUACUGGACCCAUCUCUGCUAUAUUUGGGUGUGGGCACUGCUUGUUAUCCACGGGCCGAGCUUCUGGAAGUGGUUUUGUGUCCCAGGGUUCGUGUUUCUGCUGGAGAAGAUCGUGGGGAUAGCUGUGUCACGCAUGGGUGGCCUUUACAUCGUGGAAGUCAACCUGCUGCCAUCAAAGGUGACCCAUCUGGUAAUUAGGAGACCGCUGUUUUUUAACUACAAACCCGGUGACUAUGUUUAUAUAAACAUUCCAGUUAUAGCCAAGUAUGAAUGGCACCCUUUUACCAUCAGCAGUGCCCCAGAACAACACGAUUCUUUAUGGCUUCAUAUUCGAUCAAUGGGCCAAUGGACCAACAGACUAUACGAGUACUUCAGACAGCCUGAGCCAAUGAGCAACGAGCCCAAGAGAUUAACCACCAAUCUGAGAAACAGGCAACAUCAAAAAUGCACUCAGGAACACCUUUUCAAUUCGAUUGGCUUCAAUGGGGCAGUGGCGACCAAUAAGGACGACACAAUUGAGCUGACCUCCUACAAGCCCAGCAGGCUUCCUCAGAGCACGGCUGCAGAGGGCAUCAUUCAGACAGAGCAGGGGGAGGGUGCUCAGGUGAGAGAGCUCUCGACCAAAUUAAGUGAGAAUCACAGAUUCUGCAAUAUAAAGUGUUAUGUCGACGGCCCGUAUGGGACUCCCACCAGACGCAUCUUCACCUCUGAGCAUGCUGUGCUUAUUGGAGCUGGGAUAGGCAUUACCCCCUUUGCUUCAAUCCUGCAAAGCAUCAUGUACAGGUAUCGAAUGAGAAAACAGAACUGCCCAAACUGUAACUAUUCCUGGUGUGAGAAUCUCAAGGACAAUGAAAUGAAGCUCAGAAAGGUUGACUUCAUCUGGAUUAACCGGGAUCAGAAAUCAUUCGAAUGGUUUGUGAGUUUGCUGACCAAAUUGGAAAUGGACCAAGCUGACGAGGAACCCGAAGGUCGUUUCUUGGAGAUGCACAUGUACAUGACGUCAGCGCUCUGUAAGAAUGACAUGAAGGCCAUUGGCUUACAGAUGGCUCUGGACCUGUUGGCAAAGAAAGAGAAUCGAGACUCCAUCACAGGACUGAGGACCAGAACCCAGCCGGGACGCCCAGACUGGAGCAAGGUUUUUCAGAAAGUUGCUGAGGAAAGGAAGGGGAAGGUUCACGUGUUUUUCUGUGGCUCUCCUGUUCUUGCAAAGAUGAUCAAGGCUCACUGCGAGCUAGCCGGCUUCAAAUUCUACAAGGAAAAUUUCUAAAGGCAGCCGUUCAUCUCCGACAUCUCCACAGGGUCACUCGCUGUGUGUGCAGCGGACACAGAACUCUAUGAAUUGUAGUGUUCAUUCACCUUGCAUAUCACAGAUGUGAUUGAUGAAUGCACUGAGAUGCUUUUGAAACAUCUUUCACUAAAAGAAAGGAAGCAAUAAUGAAUAGACUUACUGAAUCCAACCUGCACCUCUGUUGCCUUAUUAGAAGCAUGAUAAUGAGCCCUGGCCUUCAUGUUAGUUCCCUGUCCCUGUUUCCAUAAUCCUUGCUUUAAUCUUUUAACCAUUUAAAUAAUACAUUCACUUUCUGACAUGAUUAGAUUGGUAUCUAGUAAAAUGAUUGUUAUAAUGUUAAAAUCUACAGUACUAGUGCGUUUUGUGCGUAUAAUUUCUUACACAGUAGUAGUUUAUUUAUUGAAGUAAUAUAUAUAUAUAUAUAUAUAUAUAUAUAUAUAUAUAUAUAUAUAUAUAUAUAAAUAUAUUCUGAAAAUAAAAGAUGUUGCAAUAGUCAUGUCACUAAAACAUAUUCAGCGUUUGUGAAGCGAUGUGAAUUAGAAGGACAGUUUUACCGUAUAUAUGUAUAAAUGUAUCCU